GAACACCGGCCGUGUUGCGAAGUUGGCCUUCUCAGUCCCGGCCUGGGCGGUCCCUUGGGAAGUGGCGCCCCGAGGGACAGCCGGGCCCGGGGGCGGGGCCAGUGCUCGUCUCCGAGCUCUAGAGGUUCCGCUGAGAACUGAGACGCGCGGCGGCAGCAAGACGCCUUCCCUGGAGCCGCCGAGCUGGAGUUGGAAGUGGAGCUCUGCGGGGCUGGGCCCCUGGCUGCGGGGCAGCGGCUCCUGCAGCCUGAGGCCCCGGCGGAGAAUGAGAAAGAUCCGGAGACGGUGGCGGUCUCCCAGCCGAGCGGUGGGACCGGGAGCAUGCUGCGGUGGUUCACCACUGUGAUCCUGUUGUCUUGCUUCCUGGGGCUGGGAUUGAGUGUUGCUAUACUCGGACCCACGUUUCCAGAUUUGGCAGCAAAUGUGAACCAAAAUAUCAGUAGUCUGUCUUUCAUUUUUGUGGGUCGUGCCUUUGGAUAUUUGAGUGGCUCUGUGAUUGGUGGAGUUCUCGUUGACGUCAUGAAUCAUUUUUUACUUUUGGGAGUGUCAAUGUUGGCUACCACAGUUGGUCUUUAUCUUGUUCCUUUUUGCAAGAAAGCAGCAUUACUCACUGUCAUGAUGUCUGUCUUUGGUGCUUCAAUGGGCAUUCUGGAUACAGGUGGUAACGUCCUUAUCUUGGCUCUUUGGGGGGACAAAGGAGCCCCACAUAUGCAGGCCUUACACUUCUGUUUUGCUUUGGGUGCCUUUUUGGCUCCACUACUAGCUAAACUGGCAUUGGGUCCGACAGUAUCUGCUGAAAACCACACAGAGCCUGACUUUCAUCAUCCCGCACUCAACCGAUCAUCUGAUGCUGAUUCAGGAGUUCUGUUUGGAGUACCUAAUGAUAUGAUUUUACUGUGGGCUUAUGCUGUUAUCGGAACUUACAUGUUCAUAGUUUCUGUCAUAUUGUUUGCUCUGUUUUUAAAGAAUAGCUCAAAGCAGGAAAAAGCGAGAGCAUCUGUUCAGGGAUCGCGAAGAGCAAAAUAUCACAACGCCCUUCUUUGUCUCCUUUUUGUGUUCUUCUUUUUCUAUGUUGGAGCCGAGGUAACAUAUGGCUCUUACGUUUUCUCAUUUGCAACCACCCAUGUUGGCAUGAAAGAAAGCGAAGCCGCUGGGUUGAACUCCAUCUUCUGGGGGACAUUUGCAGCCUGCAGGGGCCUGGCAAUCUUUUUUGCUACAUGCUUACAACCUGGAACCAUGAUUGUGUUGAGUAACAUUGGCAGCCUGACUUCAUCUUUAUUUCUGGUGCUUUUUGACAAGAACCCAGUUUGUCUCUGGAUAGCAACUUCAGUGUAUGGGGCCUCAAUGGCAACCACAUUUCCCAGUGGUAUUUCUUGGAUUGAACAGUACACGACCAUCCAUGGGAAAUCUGCAGCAUUUUUUGUCAUUGGUGCUGCCCUGGGAGAAAUGGCUAUUCCUGCAGUGAUUGGAAUUCUUCAAGGAAAAUACCCUGAUUUGCCUGUAGUGCUGUAUACCUCUUUGGGAGCAUCAGUAGCCACUGGUGUUUUAUUUCCUGUGAUGUAUAAAUUAGCCACUUCACCUCUUAAUCACCAGCGAAAAGAAAAUAGAAAGAGUGAGGACCAGAAAGCUUUGCUUUCUAGCUCCGGGCUAAAUGAAUAUGAGGAAGAGAAUGAAGAGGAGGAUGCAGAAAAAUGGAAUGAAAUGGAUUUUGAAGUGAUUGAAAUGAAUGAUACAAUGAGGCAUUCUUUAAUAGAGACAUCUGGAAAUAGUUUGACAGAGUCCACAGCUGAAAUAACCAACCCAUCAAAUGCAGUGGUGUUUGAGUCCUCUCCUGUUAAUACUGGCAACUCCCGUGUGAAGCACUUGCCUGAAACCAGGACAGAAGGGACUAACAUUUAGAGAAGAUGGAUUACGCACUGACAUCCUUGAAUAAUUGCCACUUCUAAGGAGGCCAUUCAGAGCAGAGCAUCAGCAGAAUUUCACCAUGCUCUGGGGAUUAAAAUUUCUAGGUCCAAUUAUAGCGAAUGCUAAAAAGUUUUGAAAUGUUCUGUAAUUCCCAGAGUCUUCCAUAAGUAACCAAAUGGUCUCAAACACGUACACUGGGAUCUUGUUAUAAGGCUAGUAUUUGUCAUGUGACUGAUUAGGAAAUAUUUUAUGGUCUCUACCUCUCAGAGCAUGCAAAGCGGUGUUUGUCUUUGAGAAGUUGGGUAUUCUCAUAGAAUGAGACUAUGUAGGAGGUGAAUUCCUUGGUUGAACAAAUUAUCAGGUAUUAAUACUUUGCCAGGAAAGUUGAGAAUAGUUUCGUAAAAGAGAAAUGGAGAGAUACUUUUAUUAAUUGGUUUACCUUAUCUGUAGGGUUGGAUCAUAAAAUGCUUGUGACUCAUUUGAUUUCUCACUUCAGUAAAGAGAACACAGAACAGGGCCCAAGGGGCCUGGCUUCAAGCCUUGACUCCUAGCCUUGCCCUCUCACUUAACAUAGGCCUCAUUUUGCUUGCCUCCUGAUCGGUGAUUCUAGAAAUGAAAAUGAGAUGAUUUCCAAAUUGGGAAUCCGUAAGUUUUAAAGUUUGUGCAAAAUGUCUUCUAGAAAUUAGUGCAAGCGCCCCCCCCCGACCCCGUUCUUCAUUUCAAAUGAGAAGUGAAACCAAAAUGGUAAAUAGCUUUAAGAAUGUGCUAAUGAAAAGAAAAAAAGACAAAAAAAAGUGCUAAUGAUAAAUGAUUACAUGUCAAUGUACUUAAUGUUUAAUACCUUAUUCGAAUAAUUACCUGAAUUUAGUACUGCAUUUCAUUGACUCUUAAGUUGCAGUUUUGCCCCCGCACUUUUAACGUCUCUGAAAUCAGGACAUGUCAUACGAUCAGUGAUCAUUGAACAUUGUGACAAAGUUCAGUUGGCAUUUUUUCCCCAUAUGUAAAUAUAAAAUAAUGUGUUUUACAAUCAGUGGCUUAGAGUCAGUGAAAUACCAUAAUUCAUUCAAUUAUGGAGAGGAUACUAUCUUUAUAGACAUUUUAAAAAGAAGUUAUUUUUAUAUGCUAAUAUUCUGUGUUCAACUGGGAUUUGGACACACUAUGUUCUAAUUUUGAAAGCUGUUUCAGAGUUACAUUAGUAGUAGGGCUGUAGAUGGAGUCUUUUCAGGUCCUUUGCCUACCUCACUUACAGAGGCUGGGUCUGAGCCUUGCUCAAGAUUAGCUCUUCAGCACAUCUGGGUGGUGAUCAUAUUGUAAUUACUGUAAACCAGGUUGCAAGUGUAAUUUACAGUGAGGCACAGUCUUUUCCAGUGAUUGGAAUACUUGUGUCACCCAUCCAGGGUUUCUGCUUCCUGCGUUUGAAAUACCUGGGAAACCAAAGUAAAGAUUAGAAAGUGACUUGGUGGCUUAGGAGUCAAGGAUCAGAAAGGGUAUUUCCUAUGUGCAUGGCAAAAUUGGUGCAGGCAAUCCUUUGAAAAAUGCCUAGAAUCGAUGAAAUUUUGUUCACUUCCUCCAGUUUUAUGCUGAAUAACAUCUAAUUUCUACUUGAUUGGAGUAGUUGUGCUUUCUUUUACUCAAUUUCUGUAAAUAUGCAAUUGUUUUGUCUUCAGUAAAA